AUGAUUUAUACGAAUAUGAUAUCGCGCGCAUCUGGCGCAUUGCUCUUAGCGCUUCUACCUGUGGUAAUUGCGCAUGGUGGUGGUGAAAGUAUGGACAUGGACAUGGGAAUGCAUGGCAGCAACACAACGACACAACCGCCCGACAGCGACGACUAUCCCGACACAUACUUUGCGCAUACUGAACAUACUGGAGUCAUAUACACACAUAUUGCAUUAAUGGUUCUUUCUUGGGUAUUUAUCCUACCAAUUGCCGUCAUGUUCUCACUAGCAAACUCUCGCUUUACACUCCCGGCGCAGUUUGCUUUCCUAGCUACAAAUGCUCUUGGAGUUUUGGUCGGCGUGAUAUAUAAUGCGCAGACCCCAGACUUGUACCCAAACAAUGCGCACCACAAGAUUGGCUGGAUUGUGACCUGGGUCGUUUGCGCCCAGGUCCUUGUAAGUGCCGUGGGCUGUAUCGCGGGAGCUCUAAGGGGUAAAGGGAAGACGCCGAGUAACGAGACACACGCUUUUCUACCUGUCGCGGCGCAAGAGGCCGACUACCCUUCACACAAUGGCUACCACGAUGACAGCCCCUACCGAAUGUCCAACGACAGUGGACGAGGAACCGAACCAAACACACCCUCGCUCCGAAGCGACUCGGCAUCCACGCUCAAUGGCAUGGAGUCGCCUGCCAACAACCCCAGGAAAGAGUACGAGGACGAUGAUGGCGACCUGGAGGAAUUAUCACUUGCCUCUCCUGAACCUCAGGGAACCUUUGCUCGCCACGCCUCUAAGAUCGCUGCUUCGCGAGUAUGGAAGUAUUUGAAUUUCGGCCGCUGCAUAGUCGAUCGUAUUAUCCUUCCCUUCGGCUUCAUUGCGCUUGCGACUGGUGUUGUCACCUUUGGUCGUUUCUUUGAGGGAGGCGGAAUUUUCAAUGGAUUGGCGCAUUGGAUCAAGGGUGGUGUUUUCUUCUGGCUAGGUAUCUUCACCCUCGGCCGCUGGACUGGCAGCUUUGGAGAGCUUGGCUGGGCAUGGAAUGUUCGACCAAGACAGGACUUCCAGAAGUGGCUCCCUUCUGCUGAGUUUGUCGAGAGCUUCUUGAUCUUCUUCUAUGGCGCUACCAAUAUCUUCAUGGAGCACCUCGGCGGUUGGGGUGGUGACUGGACCGCCCAGGACAUGGAGCACAUCUCCAUCACAGUUCUGUUCAUUGGAGGGGGUUUGUGCGGUAUGCUCAUCGAGUCGACAUGUAUUCGCCAUCUUCUCAACACAACCGUGGACGAUGUUCAGCCCAAGAGCCCUUACACGGUCGAAGAAGCAGACGAACCUGAAGCACCCGACACAUACGAGUUCUCGCUCAACCCCAUACCGGCUUUGGUCAUCAUGCUGCUUGGACUCAUGAUGAGCUCUCACACACAGCAUACCAUGAUGUCCAGCAUGGUUCAUAAGCAAUGGGGUGAACUCCUUCUAGGGGCUUCACUUGCUCGAGGUUUGACAUACCUCAUAAUGUACCUGAAGCCACCCAAGUCCAUUCUCCCAUCACGACCCCCCACGGAACUCUUGGCUGCUUUCGGUUUGAUCGCUGGAGGUAUCAUCUUCAUGGCUAGUAGUACUGAUACUGUCGACGGAAUGAUCCACUACAAGCUCGACGCCAUGUUCAUGUACACUGUCACCAUGGGUCUGGUCGCUUUUCUGAUGGCUUGGGUCGUUAUCGUCCUCGCCAUCAAGGGUUGGGCUGUCCGACUCGAACGACGCCGCAAUUCGAAUUAG